UGACUGACUGAGGGCUUCAACACAUCUGGGGCAACACUUUAGCGGAAAAGCGGACGCCGCUCGCAGCCUCCAGCUCGACGCGCAGGGAGGACGUAGUGGAUUCCAUUGGGAAGAAGUAGAUCAUCGCCAGGCGCUCCUCUAGCGAUCUCUCUCCCCCGUUAUACGCGUAGGUUAGCGGUGUCACCCCCGGGAUGAAUCCACCAAGCGUCCACCCCUCUGUGGAUUUAAAUUAGCCUGGAAUAUGAGCAGAAGAAGAAGAAGAUAAGCAGCAGCGGCGGCGGCGGCGGCGGCGGCUGGCUUCCUGCAGGAUUUUGUCCAGGCUUUCUUUUUUUGGGUGUCUUUUUCCUCUCCCCCGUGGACAUGCCUGGUCUAUGGAGCAAAGCUGAGCGAAGCUAGCUGGCUGUCAGACCCGCUAGUGCGACAUUUCCAGCCUUUUGGAUGAUUGUUUGGCCGAAGAGCUGAUAUAUUUGGGACCAGCGAUACCUCCCCUGCCCGGGCAAGGAGUCAGCAUGGGGGAGCCCAGCCUGGACGACGCUAAUGUCAAGGUGGCUGUCCGUGUCCGGCCCAUGAACAGGAGAGAAAAGGAUUUAAACACGAAAUGUAUCGUGGAGAUGGAGAACAACCAGACAAUCCUCCAUCCUGGCGGAGCUAACCUGGGCAAAGGAGACUCCAGGAGUCAGUCCAAGGUCUUUGCCUACGAUUAUUGUUUCUGGUCCAUGGAUGAGAACGAUAAGGAGAGAUUUGCUGGUCAGGAGGUGGUCUUCCAGUGCCUUGGGGAAAGUCUUCUCCACAACGCCUUCCAGGGCUACAACGCCUGUAUCUUUGCCUAUGGACAAACUGGUUCGGGGAAGUCGUACACCAUGAUGGGAUCGGGGGACCAGCCGGGUCUGAUUCCGCGGCUGUGCAGCGCUCUGUUUGAACGAACCCAGAAGGAACAGCGGGAGGAGGAGUGCUUCACCGUUGAGGUGUCCUACAUGGAGAUCUACAACGAGAAGGUCCGAGAUCUGCUCGACCCCAAAGGGGGAAAACAAACUCUGAGGGUGAGGGAACAUAAGGUUUUGGGUCCCUACGUGGACGGCUUGUCUCGACUAGCUGUGGCCAGCUACAAGGACAUUGAGUCUCUGAUGUCAGAAGGGAAUAAGUCUCGAACCGUCGCCGCUACCAACAUGAAUGAGGAGAGCAGUCGAUCGCACGGUGUCUUCAACAUCAUCCUCACGCACACACUGAAAGACUUGCAGUCUGGGACCAGCGGGGAGAAGGUGAGUCGGUUGAGUCUGGUGGACUUGGCUGGAAGCGAGCGAGCAGCAAAGACUGGAGCGGCAGGGGAACGCCUGAAGGAGGGAAGCAACAUCAACAAGUCUCUCACCACGCUGGGCCUUGUGAUCUCGGCGCUAGCUGAACAGGGAACAGCAAAGAACAAGAACAAGUUUGUUCCUUACAGGGACUCUGUUCUGACGUGGCUGCUGAAGGACUGUCUGGGCGGCAACAGUCGCACGGCGAUGGUUGCAACCGUCAGUCCAUCAGCCGACAACUAUGAGGAGACGCUGUCGACGCUGCGCUAUGCAGACCGAGCGAAGAGCAUCGUCAACCACGCGGUUGUCAACGAGGACCCCAAUGCUCGCAUCAUCAGGGAACUCCGAGAGGAAGUAGAGAAACUGCGAGUACAACUGACUCAGGCCGAGUCUUUGAAGGCUCCCGAGCUGAAAGACCGUCUGGAAGAGUCCGAAAAGUUGAUUCAGGAGAUGACCAUCACGUGGGAGGAGAAGCUUCGCAAAACGGAGGAGGUUGCACAGGAGCGCCAGAAGCAGUUAGAAAGUCUGGGAAUUUCUCUUCAGUCUUCCGGGAUUAAAGUUGGAGAUGAUAAGAGUUUUCUUGUCAACCUCAACGCCGAUCCUGCCCUCAACGAACUGCUGGUGUACUACCUGAAGGAACACACAAAGGUGGGCUCAGCGGACUCUCAGGACAUCCAGCUGUGCGGCAUGGGUAUCCAGGCAGAACACUGCGUCAUCGACAUAGCGGCGGAUUCUGCAGUCGUCCUCAGUCCCUACCGCAAUGCUCGGACAUGUGUUAAUGGUUCUCCAGUGACCAGUGCUCUGCAGCUUCACCAUGGGGACCGAAUAUUCUGGGGAAACAACCACUUCUUCAGGAUCAACCUGCCGAAACGGCGCUCUCGGGGAGCUGAGGACGAGGACGGGGAGGGUGGCGUGAUGAAGAACAGUGGUAGCAGUGAGCAGCUGGAUGCGGAUGGCGACACAGCCAGCGAAGUGUCCAGUGACGUCAGCUUCUCCUACGAGUUCGCCCAGACAGAGGUCAUGAUGAAGGCCCUGGGCAAUAAUGACCCCAUGCAAGCAGUCCUGCAAUCUCUGGAGCGGCAGCAUGAGGAGGAGAAGCGCUCCGCUCUGGAGCGGCAGAGGCAGAUGUACGAGCAGGAACUCCAGCAGCUCCGCAAGAAGCUGAACCCGGACCGCCUGUCGACCGGCCCUUCUGGAGGGCCGGCGUCCGGCCAGCAAGGUCCAGGACAGCAGUCUCACUACCGCAGCCUGGAGAGACUCAGCAUGGGAGGGAUGAGUCAUUCCACCAGCGCUCAGAGCAGACUGAGACAGUGGAAUGAGGAAAGGGAAGCGGUGUUGGUCAGGAGUCUGCGGCGGUUGAGGGAGCAGAUAGUGAGGGCAAACCUCCUGGUGCAGGAAGCCUGUUUCAUCUCUGAGGAGCUGGAGCGACACACAGAGUACAGAGUCACUCUGCAAAUUCCAUCAGACAACCUCAACGCAAACCGCAAGAGGGACGCAGUGCUCAGUGAACCAGCGAUUCAGGUUCGACGCCGGUGUCGAGGGAAGCAGAUCUGGAGUCUGGAGAAGAUGGAGAACCGUCUGGUUGACAUGAGAGAGCUCUACCAAGAGUGGCAGGACUACCAUCUCCAUCACCAUGACAACCCUGUGAUGCGCUCGUAUUUCCGUCGAGCAGACCCGUUCUUUGAUGAGCAGGAAAACCACAGUCUGAUCGGCGUUGCAAACGUCUUCCUUUCCUGUCUCUUCUACGACGUCAAGCUGCAGUAUGCUAUUCCCAUCAUCAACCAGAAGGGGGAGGUGGCAGGGCGUCUUCAUGUGGAGGUGGUGAGGGUUGGAGGGGGAUUAGAGGACAACAUGGCCGGAGGAGAUGAACCCGACAACAAUCAAGACACUGAAAUGCAGGAUCGCAAACUAGUCUGCAUGAUUAAGAUCCUGCAGGCCACUGGUCUUCCCCAGUACCUGUCCAACUUCGUCUUCUGUCAGUAUUCAUUCUGGGACCAACCUGAGCCCAUCAUCGUGGCUCCUGAAGUAGACCCAGCAUCCUCAUCGCCCAGCGCCAAGGACCCACACUGCAUGGUGGUGUUUGACAGCUGCAAGGAGGUGGCAGUGUCGGUGACGGAGGAUUUCAUUGAAUACCUGACUGAAGGGGCAGUUGCCAUCGAGGUAUUUGGACACAGACAGGCUGAUGCUGGAAGAAACCCCGCCCUGUGGGACCUCAGCAUCAUCCAGGCAAAGACACGCUCACUACGAGACAGGUGGAGCGAGGUAACGCGUCGCCUGGAGCUGUGGAUUCAAAUCCUGGAGAUAAACGAGAACGGAGACUUUGUCCCGGUGGAAGUGGUUCCUGCUCGGGAUGAGCGGACCGGGGGAAUCUUCCAGCUUCGGCAGGGUCAGUCAAGGCGAAUCCAGGUGGACUUGCGUUCGGUACAGGACUCGGGCACCAUGCCUCUGAUAGCCGAAAUACUGCUCGCAGUGUCGGUGGGUUGUGUGGAGAUCCGAAACACGGCAGCAGAACAGGAGGGAGAUGAGAUGGACAGCUAUCAGGAAGGAGACCUGGAACGCUUGCGGCGGCAGUGGUUAGCUGCUCUCACCAAGAGACAGGAAUACCUGGACCAGCACCUGCAGAGUCUGGUCGGCAAAGAAGAAAAAACAGAGGAUGACAUGGAGAGGGAGGCCCAGCUGCUGGAGUGGCGCUUGACUCUGACGGAGGAGAGAAACGCUGUCAUGGUGCCCUCUGCUGGCAGCGGCAUUCCUGGAGCACCUGCUGAAUGGGUUCCUCUGCCGGGCAUGGAGACUCAUAUUCCUGUCAUCUUCCUCAACCUCAAACCGGAUGACCUCAGCUCUCAAGAGCAGUUUGAGGUUCCCGAGGCCGGAGGUUGGGACGCGACCCUGUGUGGAGAGGACGAGGACGACUUCUUUGACCUACAGAUCGUCAAACACUACGACGGAGAGGUCAAAGCAGAGGCAUCGUGGGACUCUACCAUCCACGAGUGUCCCCAGCUCAGUCGCGGGGGGGCGUGGCCGGAGCAGCGGGUGUACCUGACGAUUCGCGUGGUGGUGCAGCUCAGCCACCCCGCCGACAUGCAGCUGGUCCUGAGGAAGAGGAUCUGCGUCAACGUCAACCCGGGCCGCCAGGGUUUUGCACACAACUUUCUCAGAAGGAUGUCCGCCCGCAGCACCAUACCUGGCUGCGGGGUCACCUUCGAGGUGGUCUCUAACAUCCCUGGGGACGCACCUGGUUCAGAGGACAGGGAGAUGCUGGCCAACCUCGCCGCCAGUGCACACAACAGCGAUUCAGCUGAUGACGAGGCCGCAAUUGAGAAAUACCUCCGCAGUGUCCUCAGUCUGGAGAACAUCCUGACUCUGGAUAGACUCAGACAGGAGGUGGCAGUGAAAGAGCAACUGUCUAGCAGAGGGAAGAGCAACAGACGGAGCAUCAGUUCUCCUUCUGUCCACAGGCUGUCUGGAAGUAGACAAGACCUGUCCACAACUUGCCUGGACGACAAGGGUCGAUGGGAGAGUCAGCAGGACAUCUUCAUGCCUUCACAGUUUUACCGCACCCUCCCCCGGCCCGCCUCUUCCCCUUCCACCUACUCCACCUCCCUGUCUUCAUCCUCGACUCCCUUCGGCAUGUCGCCCCCACAGAACCAGGAGCCAGAGCAAGGUCGCUCAGGACUUGCUGCCUCUUAUCUUUCAGUUAAGGCGCUGGUCCCUCAGAUGCCCAAACUGCUCAAGUCUCUGUUUCCGGCUCGUGACGAAAAGAAGGAGCUGAGACCGUCGCCACACAACCAGCAGCAUGUCCCUCGCAUCGUGACAUCAGGAGGGGACGACAGUCGAGUGAAAGCCGACGCGACCGCACUUCUACGGCCCCCGGCCAAAGACAGACGGGCAGAGUUCCCAGAGGUCCCUCCUCUUCCUGUGCAUGACCCGCAUGACAUCACCCCCCUCAGCCCCCUCAGCCAGUCAUCAAGCGGCUACUUCUCCAGUAGUGUUUCUACGGUUACCCUCUCUGACGUCCUCCAACCCUCCUCCUCGUCAUCCUCCCUCCUGGCUGCCGAGGCCGCGUUACCCACAAACCCCCAGCGGCAGGGUGCUUACAGGAACGAUGUUGUAACCUCUCCUUCUCAGUGUGGCACCAAGACGGCCGCCGUUGCUCCACCCGCCUCCCACAGCUCAGCCAAUCACAACAACGGCACACCAGAAAACUCCUUCCCUGAACACGAGCUGGUCAACUCGGGAGGAGGAGGCUUUGAGAGGCUGGAAAUCUUUAUGGACGAUGACGAGUGCAGCCAGGACGACGUACUGCCCGAUUGGCUGACAGAAGGGGCGUAUGUUACAGUAGGAAGCAAUAAGGCCGGGACGGUGCGUUAUGUGGGAAUGACGCAGUUCGCUGAAGGACUGUGGGUGGGUGUGGAACUGGACACCCCUGUAGGUAAAAAUGACGGUUCGGUCGGAGGUCAUCGGUAUUUCCACUGCAAACCGGGUUACGGGGUGCUGGUUCGCCCGGACCGGCUCUCCUACCGCGAUCAGACCAGCCGGCGCACGGGAGACUUCGCUGCUCCCGCCCAUGUCCCCGUGUUGCGAGGAGAAGCCAUUGUUGCCCGCCGGGGGGAGAACCGCAAGUCCUGGAGCAGUUGAGACAGAGAAAGUGGGAGCUGGAUGGGAGAGAUGAACUCCCCACAGCCCUCUUCUUCCUCCUCUUCUUCUUCUUCCUCUCCUCCCAGCUAUGCAACAGGCUCAAACAUCAGAACUGACACACUGCCUACCCUCCUAUUGUUUAAAGAUACACCCACUGCAUCCCUUCAUGAGCAAUGGAUGGAACAGUACAAUAAAGACAAUGAAGAGAUCAUACAGAGCGAAGGCAAGGAAGUUGAUGAAAGACUAUGCAGAGUAUCGACAAGUCCGUGGAAGGACUAUUUAUCAUGUGGGAAGAAAAUGCUAAAUGAAUGGCGGUCAAUGGGAAGACUGCUGAGUGAAUGUGGGGAGUGGGUUGGACGCCGCGGCAAAACAUUUCCUCAGAGCUGACAUACAGGGAUGCAAACUAGUCAUUUAAAAAAAAUAAAAUCCCACUUCACUUCUGAGAAUAUAUAUUUAAAGACAAAACACUUCUAGAAUGAAAAGGCUUUAUCUUUUCCACUUGGAUGCUGGCUAUUAUAAUUAUAAUUAUGUUUGCCUUUUUCUUCUAUCCACCAUUCACAACUAGAUUAUUCGUAGUCUUGGCUUCAAGGAAUAUUUAAUAGAUUUUUUUUCUUUUGCAUUUGUUAUUCUUUCACAUCUCACUAUCAUGCGAUUUUAACAAAAAUGGACAAAUUAAUAUCCUUUUUAUAUUUGGGACCAGUCGCACUGUGCGUUUGCAUCCCUGGAUAUGACGUCUCCGCUCCUGAGGCCGCGUCUCCCAGAAUCCUCUGCUCCGGCUGCCGCUCCCCUCAACUCUUCGUCUCCGGACUAAACUCUUUGAUGAUUUUGUUUGAGACUCGUCUCCUCUUCCUGGACUCCUUUUUUGUCUUUUUGAAGAUGGCUCCUCCCAGAAUGUGCCUUCACCAUGGCUUGGUUUGCAUUUGUAUGUUCUCUUUUAUUUAAUUUCUGUUAUCCGUGUUGGUGUUGAAGAGAUUCUGCCUUGUGCAAAGUGUGAGGUGAUCUCAGGGACCGCAGAGGGGGAAAAGGACGAGGAGGUGUGUGUGUGUGUGUGUGUCUGUAAAUGUACAGUGUUGGCCUAUGUGCACAGAUAAGUUCAUAUUGUUGUAGUUGUGUCGAUGUUAAAGACUGUAAGGCAGGAAAAGUUGUGUCCUUUUGCGGGACAAAGCCACUAUGGGAGCAAGUUGCUUGUACUGGGAGGCUUUAAAAGUCGAUUUUGCACUGGAGGCGUUGGAUGAGAUAAGAAGCAUCAGUAUGUGGGCGGGACGCGGUGGCGGUGCAGCGGGACGAGAGGCGGCCGAGCCAACGAGCGGCGUGGAAAUGGUGGUCGAUGGCGUUCUCAAUCUGGUGGACGUCUUGGCACCGGGCCGGCCGUCCGACCCGCUGUGACUGACGUUGUGGACACUAGGGGGCGCUGUAGCGCUCCGGUGUGGUCGGUGGGAAUGGGCAUGUGUACGUGUGUUGAGGAGAAGAAAGUGAGAAGGGCAGCAGAAGCUCUGCUGGCUAUUUUAACGCUCGGGAAGAGAAUCGAUUUGCUUCUAUGCAUUGUUUUGUUUGUUUUUUCAUUCAUUUUCAAACGGGAGAAGAAUAACUGGGAGAACGAGCAGGAAAGCAGGUGUGACUGAACAUUCCCAGUGGCACGGAGAGUGUGGGAUGAAAUGCAAGAUACCGAUUUUGGGGUGAAAACAAUAAUAAUAAAAAGAUUUUCCUCUUGAGCAUCACAUUCCAGAGGGACCUUUUCUCUGUGUGUCGUUGUGGGGAAAGCAUUAGCAGCAUAACUCGGUGUCUACAGACUUUAACGUCUCCCACCACUUCACGAGGAACGUGUGUAACCCUUUUUACUCAUGAGGAGUACUGCCCAGUGGUUUUAAUGUCUCCUGUCGCUCUGGGAGAGCUCUGUAAAGUCUGAGAAGGGGAGUGGUCCUUUUUUAAUGACCUACAUUAAGGUCGGAGUGUAAAGCGUUUGGCUUCAGUCGUCCUGAGUCUCACGUGAGCGAUGGGGACGUUCUGAUUGGUUGAUGAUGGAAAAGUAACAUUUCAUAUCAUCAUCUUGAUCGGCAUCACUCGGUUACUUUAGUGCCAUGUCUCGUUUAUUAACGACUGAUGACGACGAACAUGAAUGUGCUUAUUAUCAUAGGCGUUUUCUAUGGUGACGCAGACCUGUUCCUCACGCGAUGAUGCACACAUAUGACCAUUUCAUCUGGAGGACGGCGUGCACGUGAAACGCACUUUGUGUUUUCCAAACACUGCCAUCGUCUUUUUAAUGGAUGCAACAUGUUUUUGUUUUUUUAUCACGCGUCUUCUUAAUUCGAGAGGCCUGAAUUUUAGUAUUUAUAUUUAAAUGCUUGUACACAUGCAUUUAUCGCAUGAAAAUUGAUGAACGCCUUUUUCUUCUUUUUUUUUAAUUAUUAUAUUGCACAAAUGAGUCAAUGAAAAUUGCUGCUAUUAGCAUUGUAAAAUCUACCUGUAAAUGGAACGGUUGAUUUAUCUAACGCUCUGAAUCUUUUACUGUGUACUAGAUUGGGAUUCCAGUAGUUAAGUUUAGUUUUUUUUAACCCCCAGAUGGAGACGCUAAAGCCCUUUUGGUUGAAGUGGUAAAAAAAAAA